AUGUCCCUCUCUCAAAAAUCGACUGCUAACAUGGCCGACGUCGCACAGGGUGUGGCCAAUGUUGUCCAGGAUGAAGUCGAUGUUGAUGUCGUUGAAAAUGAGGCCGCACUUCUCACCCUGCUGAAAAAAGGUUUCGAGAUAUUGACCGAGAAGCAAGCAACCUUGAAAGGGAAGGUGAUCGAGCAUAUGAGAAAGUCAUUGUACAAUUGGUUCGACCAUCGCUCUAAAAAGAUGAAGACCUUGAAGCGGUCGAAGAGUACCGAAGACCUCUUGUCUAUUUUAGUCAACCGCCUCCUGGGUUAUGCAGGCCAAGCCAAGCUCUGCACUGGCUGGGAAAUGUGGGGCACGGCCAACUACAAGUCCCUCAGGGAACCCUUCGAAGAGGCGUUUAGAGAGAGCGGCAAACCUGAAAAACACUGCGCAACUUUUCGGAACUCGUUCAAGAAGAAGGAAUUUCACAAACUGAGUGAAGAAGAACAGAAGCAGUGGGCCGAGGAUGCCAUUGAGGCCCACAACACGGCGAAGAAGGCCUGGGAAGGCAAUAAAGAGAUGAGCCCUGCUGAGGCACAAGAAGCGUUCGAUGGUCUUGCAAAUCUUUUGGGACCGUUGCUGGAAAGGAUUGGACAAGCACUCAACAUGCACGUUUCGGUGUUUGUGGGCGGCCCAGAGCCAAGGUUGGGGGGGAACAUCAAUGUGAUAAGUGUUCAUCACAGCGUCAACAAGGCGCCCUCACCGCAGGUUUGGCCUUACACCGAUAAAGCCAAGUUUGCAUUGGUAAAGGAUGCAUAUAUCGAGUUUCUGAGCACAUGCUACUCACCUGAAGAACGAAGACGGUGCGCUCUCCCUGAUGCCCCCAAUUCAGAUAACCAACCAACCAACAACGAUGUCGAUAUGACCACCCUGAACUCCCUGCAUAUCAGUCCUGAGGAGAACGAUCCCACUCUCGACACAUCAACUCACUCGGCAACAGAUCCCUUUGAUGCCACAAAAGCAACAGCAAAACGGAAGCGAGGAAAGGAACAUCACAAGGGGCCAGUGGCCAAGAAGAGGGUAACAACCAAGAAGGGGGCGGCAGCCAAGAAGGGAGCGGCAGCCAAGAAGGGAGCGGUAUCCAAGGGGAAGAAGAAGCGACGCGAUGAGUCUGAGGAACAAGAAUUGGACUCAGAGAGCAUGGAGGACUUUGAAGAGGCAAGCUCGUCUGAAUCAUCCAGCGAUGGUGAAGACGAGGACAGUGCAGAUGAACAUCCCAUUCAGGCUCUGGGUGCGAGACGUAGCACCAGGAAGACGACGAUGGAUCCCGCACGCCCAGACACAGAAGACCUUCCAAUUGAUCCCGUGGUCAUCGGUCCUUCUGAUUCUCUCAUUCCACGUCAGCCAUCUCCCUCCCUUGCAUCCCAACCACUCGUUCCCUCUGCCCCUACUCAGCCCUCUGCUCCUCUCGUUCCGCAUCAGCCAUCUCCCUCCCUCACCCAACCACCCGUUCCCCCCGCCCCCAUUUCUACCGAACCAUCUCUUGCCCUAGCAUCGCAGCCAAUUGUCACCUCAACUCCCACACCGUUGCUUCCAGAUCCAAAGUGGCCGGAGUGGUUUCUGAGAGGCUACAAGCUUCUAUCGGCACAAGAUCUUGGCCUGGCAUUCACAAAAACCAUCAAGCUGUGGAUUGGUGGGUCAGCCGUGGCCGUAGCAAGGCACCCCGUUUCCAGGAUGUCGCAUCUUUCGAAAGGAGCUGGUGGACAUGGUGGAAGGUUCUUCAGCCGAGUUGGCGCAACGCUGCGGGAGUAG